GGAUCAAUAAGGUGUUGAGAGCAGUCUCCGUCGGCACAGAAAGGGAGAAACAUCAGAGCAGAGGGAAGCUGUGGACAUUCACAAGAUGGUGAAGAUGCAGUGGAGUCUGUUGGUGUUGAUUGUGAUGGGUCAGUGUUCCUCCAUUGGGGGUCAGCUGUGUGACUACCACUUCAUUGGAGAGAAUAUGACCUGGAAAGAAGCCCAGGAGUAUUGCAGAAAGAACCACACUGACCUGGCCACAGUGUCUAACCAGACAGACAUGCAGAGACUCCUUAACUCCACGACUGAACAGUAUCAAGGCGGAGCCUGGAUUGGGCUGCAAAACAACACAACAAACACUGUGUGGCGCUGGUCUCAGCCAGGGGUGGAGUUCAACGAGACUGAGAGUGAAUGGUCUCCAAGACAGCCAGAUAAUUUAGGCAAUCAGGAGAACUGUGUCAGGAUGCAGGAUGACACAUGGAAUGACGACUCUUGUACUAAAAGAUAUAAAUUUAUCUGCUAUGAGCUGUUUUAG